CUGAAACGUGAAGCCAAGAUGACUCGGAGUUGCGAGUUGAUACAUGCGGGACACGCCAAAAUUGAAAAGGAGUAUCUCCUCUCGAAUCCACAGACAGUUCAACAAACUACAACAUCACCCUGCGCCUUUGUUGUGGGACGUUAGCAAGGCGACAGCUUAUCCUUCGAGCUAGCUAACCUGUUCAGUUUUACAGGAGGAAUACAUAAACAUUGCUUGGUAUGACUAGUGUGUAACGGAAUCAUCCCGAAGAGGGAUUAAGCAAUUUAAGUUUAAUAAUUAAGUCGCUAUCAAAGAGGAAGUUUGACAGAUCGAGGAGAGUACACAUGUCUUCCUCAGCAGGGACAGUGAAAAAUGCCUCCAUCAUGUCAGAGAGUGUGGCCCAUGAUGGAAACCGCUUGUGGAUCGGCAACAUUGAUCCCAAAAUUACAGAGUAUCACCUGGUGAAGUUGUUGGAGAAGUUUGGCCAUGUGAAGCAGUUUGACUUCCUGUUCCACAAGUCUGGGCCUUUGGAGGGACAGCCACGGGGCUACUGCUUCGUCAACUUCAACACCAGAGAUGAGGCAGAGCGGGCGAUCCAGUGUUUAAAUGGGAAGCUGGCUUUGUCCAAGAAGCUGGUCGUGCGCUGGGCGCAUGCACAGGUGAGGAGGUUCGAAGGUUUCCGUAACGACAAGACGAUGCCUGCGAGCCUGGAGCCGUCGAGCAUCGGGGGCGCAGAGGACGGAGCGUUGACUUCCAACCACCUCAGUACAAGUGCUAAAAUCCGCGCCAUUGAGGCCAAGCUCCAGAUGAUGGAGGAGAAUCCAGAGGAUGACUACUCGGGCCCGUCGGCCUACGUUUACAACAAACCGCCAGAGAGGAAGCGCUGGGAGCCGUACUCUAAAUCACACCACAACAACCAGAGCCGGCCCUUCCGCAAGUUUAGGAGAUGACCCAUCCUCCCACUCACUCUGGAGACUCCCCGCCCCCACCUGCACACUUCAGCCCCCGCCUACACACAAACAGACUCGACACAAGAUGAAGACGAUACACAUCUGGGAAUAAAAGGUUUUGACAAUUCUUUGAGAUCCCAGACUCUUUGGGAGUAUUCACAGCAAUCACGGACAAGUACCUCCAAAGUGGUUAUUAGUUGUUUUGGUUGUUAUUGAGUCUUAACAGAAGCUCCAUACCCGGCUGCUGCGCAGGUUGGAUCCCAUCUCGGUCUGCUUUCUCACCUUUAAUGCAGGUGAAUCCUGCAGUGGUGAGUCACAUGAUGCACAGCUGCCGGGAAGAGGCGCGUUGUUAUUAAAGAGUCCGAAUGCCCAUCCUCUUAUUGUGUUUCACAUGUUUUUAGUUUCAGGUCCUAUUAUUCAAAGGUGAAAUACAAUAAGACUAUAAUAAGACUUCACUGAAGAGGAUGAAAUACACAGAUUUGUAUCAGGUUUGUAUUAAUGGAGUUGAAAUGAUAAGCCGCUCAGAGACACUGUAAGUUACAGUGUUUCUGUCUGACGUUGCUCUUUACCUAAUAUUUUAAUUUCGUUUUUCUUGGAUUCACUUUUUAUAUGUCUGCAGUCAAACUCUUUUUAUUUUUUUCUUUGUGUUGUGUUGAGUUUUGGGAUUUCCACUGCCACAAUGUCUUUAUUUUAAAUGACCAAUUAAAGACUGACAUGUCCACAGCGUGUUGUUUUAUGCAAUUUUUUAGGUUUUCUACAUGCUCAUGAAAUACAGGACUCGGUUUGAAGACAUGUUUAGUCAGUAAUAUUAGAACACUAAGUCCACGCUUUUAUGCUGAUAUUGUUUCAUGAGAAAUGUGGAAAAGCAUCUGCAUGUCAUUCAUGAGAAACUUGAGGAGGCUGCAAAUGAAACGCAUUAAGCCACCAUCGGUUAAAGAAUGCAGUCCUGAAUUAUCACAGAACCUUUAUGAACCAUUGUUUCUCUAAUCCUGAUUAUGUUUUGAGCCACAGUUAUCUUUUAUUUUCCCCAGAUAGUGAUGAAUAUUGACUGUGUUUAUUAUGCUUUUGUGCAGUCAACCAAAAGAUGCAGUAAAUAAUGUUAUUUGGGAGGCCUUUUGCCCAUUGGUUUAAUGUGGAAACCCUAUUGUAAAAUUAAAUUUGUUUUAUUGAUUUCUU